GAGGAACCGCAGCGCUGGGGGAUGAGGAAAGAGGGAGAAGCGCUUUGGCCUCGCCACGCUUCUUUGGUCACUUGGGGAGAACGAACCCCGCGGCUGCCCGCGCAAGCUGCAACACCUCCCUUUCUCCUCCCUCUCCUCCUUCUCCUCCUCCCGGAAAGGCGGCCGGUCCCCGCUCCCCGCCUAGGCGGGAGGUUCACAGCGCACGCCGCCCACCGCCACCGGAACAAAAGGGGCGGCUGCAUGGUGCCGGCGGAGCGCCGCGCCGCUCCGCCACCCGCUCCGCGUCUCGCUCUGCCGCCCGUCUCCGGUCCGCGUUCUGCACCGUGCCGCCAUGUCGGGCAGCGGCGGCAACAGCAGCAACAGCGCGGUGAAGAAGAGGAGCCCGGCGGGCUCGGCCUCCUCGCUGGCGCAGCAAGAGGAGAAGCAAGUGAUGGAGAAGAUGCUGGAGGCGGCGGACGGCGGGGCGCAAGAGAACGGCUGCGCCCGCUCGCCCUCGCCAUGCGCUUCGGCUGAGGGCGAGGGGGUGACCCUGCAGCGCUCCAUCACGCUGCUCAACGGCGUGGCCAUCAUCGUAGGCACCAUCAUCGGCUCCGGCAUCUUCGUCACCCCCACCGGCGUGCUGCGGGAGGCCGGCUCGCCGGGGCUGUCGCUGGUGGUGUGGGCCGUCUGCGGGGCCUUCUCCAUCGUGGGUGCCCUCUGCUAUGCUGAGCUAGGCACCACCAUCACCAAGUCCGGCGGGGACUAUGCCUACAUGCUGGAGGUGUACGGCUCCCUGCCCGCUUUCCUCAAGCUCUGGAUAGAGCUGCUCAUCAUCCGGCCCUCAUCGCAGUACAUCGUGGCUCUGGUCUUCGCCACCUACCUACUCAAGCCCGUCUUCCCCACCUGCCCUGUGCCCGACGAGGCUGCCAAGUUGGUGGCCUGUCUCUGUGUCUUGCUCCUCACAGCAGUGAACUGUUACAGCGUGAAAGCUGCCACUCGUGUUCAGGAUGCCUUUGCUGCGGCAAAGCUGCUGGCGCUGGCUCUCAUCAUCAUUCUUGGCUUCGUGCAGCUUGCAAAGGGUGACGUGACAAACCUGACUCCUGAGCACUCCUUUGAAGGCACGAAAGGAGAUGUGGGGAACAUCGUGCUAGCUCUGUACAGUGGUCUCUUCGCCUAUGGAGGAUGGAAUUACUUGAAUUUUGUUACAGAAGAGAUGAUAAAUCCCUACAGAAACCUGCCUCUGGCUAUCAUCAUCUCACUACCUGUAGUCACUUUGGUUUAUGUGCUGACAAACUUGGCUUACUUCACCACCCUGUCAACAGAGCAGAUGCUGACAUCCGAAGCUGUGGCUGUGGAUUUUGGGAACUAUCACCUUGGCGUCAUGUCCUGGAUCAUACCCGUCUUUGUUGGCUUAUCCUGCUUUGGAUCCGUUAAUGGAUCUCUCUUCACUUCUUCCCGGCUGUUCUUUGUGGGAUCCCGAGAAGGACAUUUGCCUUCAAUCCUGUCUAUGAUUCACCCCAGGCUCCUCACUCCUGUGCCAUCCCUCGUCUUUACGUGCAUCAUGACCUUGCUGUAUGCCUUUUCCAACAACAUUUUCUCAGUCAUCAACUUCUUCAGCUUCUUCAACUGGCUCUGCGUGGCUCUGGCCAUCAUCGGCAUGAUGUGGCUGCGUUACAAGAAACCAGAGCUAGAAAGGCCCAUCAAGGUGAAUAUCUGCCUGCCCAUUUUCUUCAUCCUGGCCUGCUUGUUUCUCAUUGCUGUUUCCUUCUGGAUGACACCGAAGGAAUGCGCCAUUGGCUUUGCGAUCAUCUUCAGUGGGAUCCCUGUUUACUUCUUCGGGGUCUGGUGGCAAAACAAGCCCGAAUGGGUUGUCCAACUCAUUUUCUCCGCAACAGUCCUGUGCCAGAAACUGAUGGAAGUGGUUCCACAAGAAUCAUAAGCAGGAAAAGCAGAGACAUUCAGCUUGAGGAAACGCACAACAUUACUCUAAGACGACACAAGGAGAAAACGGUUCUGAUCCCUCGUAAACGAAUCCUAGGCACUGGAGCACCCCAUCGGAGCUGCUUCGUGUCUGACACCGUGCCACCAGCUCUGCCUUGUCUCCACCAGCCCCUCUGUCGUCACCCUUUAGCCUGGCAGAUGGGCAACCCUGUGAUGAGAAGUUCUUGGUACGAAUGUGAGCCAGGAGGAGGAAUUCCAGCCGGGAGCUUCCAGAGGGGUCCUGCCUGUCCAGCAGCAGGAAGUCUGAUAGCAUCUCUGUGUGUGUGUGUGUGAUACGGAGGGUUGUAUUCCAGUUCUGUGUAGACUUACUUGGCUUGGGUUUGGGUCUGGGAUCCCCCAGACGACCGCAGAUCUGCUCCUGAGCCCAAUUUGAGUGUUGUCAGCCCUACAGAUGUGCCUGUACGUGGGUUUGGGGCUGUCACAGAGCUGCAGGGUGGUCCUGAGCUCGGCCCACCGGCCUUCCCUGGACAACAGGGAGUGGUUGGGAAGCAAAGGUUGGCUGAUGUUGGCUCACACACACACACAAAGUCAUACCAAAACACAUGCUGCUGGAUGCUUUGGGCUCUGUCCACUGGCAGUGACUUAAGUGAGACAAGGCAGAGCAGAAUUAGUGUCAGAGAAACAAUGUGGGGAGGUCUUGUCUGAUUUUCAUUGCAUUCCUGACUAGAGCACUCGGGGAUCCCCUGCCACUGUCUGGCUUUGAACUCUCAGAUCCAAGCCAUCUCCCUACUGUUGAGUCGGCCCCUCUGGGAUGCUCUUCACCACAAUGCCCAUCCUGUGGUCCUGUGAAUUAGCACUGGGGCAGGUACAGGCCUGAGGGUGGACUUCCUCCUGAUAAACCCAGGGAAUAGCACUUAGCAGAAGGCCCAGUCCUUGGUUUCCUCACUCCAUGUUUCUCUGUAGACAGGUUAUCAUCCAGCAUGGGAUGAGCAGCAUCAUGCUACCCAAAUGGCCCUGUUCAUUGCCACAAUGUGAUUCAUGUUUGACCAUAAACCAUUUGCAAAGAGAAAAUUAAGUGUGGGAUUCCCUUAGCUUGUUCCCUUGGGGCUGGCUUGUGCAUUGCCUGUUGCUGUGCCCCGUGUAUCUUCUACAACAUGCAGUGGAGAUGGGACCAGCUGGGACUGGGGGUGUAUAAAAGGGCAGAUGUCCUCAGAUGCUGGAGCCUGGGUUUAAUCUUGGUCUGCUGUAGAUGGUCUGUUUUGCUCUGAGAAGCAGGGACUGGGGCCCUGGUCCUCCUUUGUGCAAAACAGCAUCAUCAGGUUUGGCUUGGUGAGAUGCCCCCACCAACACCCUUGUGCUCAGGGAGCAGUCUCUGAGCACAAACCACGUUCUGCAUGUGAAGUCUUGUUUUGCUGUUGUGGUGGUGCAGUCCCAUCCCCUGAGCGCACCCAAAAUUCCUCUACUUCCAAGUAGUCAGAACUGUCCUCUAAGGAGCAUGUUGCUUUAUUUGGUCAAAAGCAUCACCUCAAAACUGCAGUUGUGAACAGUUUGCUCAUGACGCCUCUGCACUUGAGGUGAUAGUCACUUGGAAAUCAAAAGCAUCUUUUCCCUGCAAGUGAGCUGCUUCAGUCUCUAUUACCGAUCUUUGUGCUUGUGCUUUGUGCAAAUGGGUUGUUAAACUACCUUUUUUCCUCAGUAUUUCUGUAAACUAAGCUAUUUGGAAACCAGGAUCCUCCAAGAGCUAAUGCAUUCUAUGGAUUCUCCUUGUAGUAGACAGUUAUUUUGGAUGACAAGGCAUUAAGAACACCAAUGGUACUAGCUCA